AUGAGUACAGAUUCAAGUGAUACAAGUGACCAACAUUCAAUUAAUGGAAAAGAUAAAGAUAAAGAUAAAGAUAAAGAUAAAGAUAAAAUCUUUCCAUCAUUUACAGAACUUCGUAUAUAUCCAUCAUUUACUGAAAUUCGUGAAAAAUUCAAUGCACCACAAAAUUUUAAAAUUUAUUUUCCACGUGAAGUUUAUGAUCAAAUUGUAAAAGGAAGUCUUAGUAUUGAAGGAAUUGAUGUUAUAAGUCAAAAUAGUGUAACAAAAGCAAAUAAUUUAGAAAAUCAAAUUGUUUUUAUUCGUCGUCAACAUGAACAACCAAUUGAAUGUCAAGUUAUUCGUUCCGCAGAUUUAUUAUUAAAAGAAGUUAAAUCAGGUCGAUAUAUUCGUGGACAAAAUUAUGAACUUGAAUAUGUUAAUAUUCCUGAAGAAGAAGGACAAGAAGUUACUUUUGCUUUACGACAAGAAGGAGAUGCAAUACUUUCAUAUCUUAUUAAUGGAAUCAAUUGGUCACCACGAUAUAAUUUAAAAAUUGAAUCAGAUAAACAUUCAUUUGAAGCUUGGGCUGAUAUGACAAAUAAUACAAAACGUGAUUAUCAAAUAAAACAUACGGAAUUAUUUGGUGGUGAUGUUCAUCUUCAACAAACUCAUCAUGCACCUAGAUUAAUGAAACGAUGUUGUAUGAAAACAUGUUGUUGUUGUUGUGAUUCAUCUCCAGCUGUACCACCUUCAAUUCAAUCUGAAGGUGAAUUAGCUGGAAUUUAUUUUUAUUCAAUAAAUCAACCAUUUAUUCUUAUUCAACAAUCAACAUUUUCACUUCCUUUUGUUAAACCAAAUUUAAAAUUAGAAAAAUAUUCGGGAUUAGAAAAUUAUUUUCAAGAACAAACACAAAAAGGAAAAUUUCAAAGAAAAUAUCGAAUUGAAUCCGAUAGUUUUUUACCUAAAGGAACAAUAACAAUACGAGAAGAUGGAAGAGUUGUUGGACAAACACAAAUAUCAGAUCUUUCACAAGGUGAAAAACAAGAUUUAGAUUGUGGAAAUGAUCCUGAUGUUAGUUUUAUACGUCAAGUUAAAAUUUUAUCACAAAAAAGAGAUUCAGCAUUAUAUUCAAUUAAUUUAAUUAUUAAAAAUUCCAAAUCAAAAUCAAUUAAAUAUGAAUAUAAAGAAAUAAUAACUUCACAAAAAUUUACAAUUACACCCAAAUCUGAUAAUAAACAAUUAAAUGACAAAAUUCAAUCAAUUCCUGAAGGUAUUUUAAUCAUUGGAGAAGAAUUAAAAUCAAAUAAUGAACAAAUUUAUCAAUAUGACAUUUUAAUUGAAUAUAAAGAUAAUAAAGAUCAAUGCUGA